UCCCUCCCCCGUCCACCCCGUGACCUCCUCUUCUUCCCCACAGAGAACAGAAGCCUUCUUCUCGUCCUCCGGCGAGUUUUUCUUCUAGGGUUCCGCCGCAAGUGUAUGGCAGUGAGCCUUCUGCAGUUUCAUGAGGUGUCGGACCUCUGCAUCGGGAAGCCGGCGGUGAGAUCUCUGCCGCCGUCCGCCACCGUCCGGGAGGCCCUCCUCGCCCUCAAGAGAGGCGGAGAGAGUUUUCUCAGCGUGUGGGUCGCCGACCGGGCGUCGCCGGAGAAGAAGGCGUGCGCCGGGAAGGUCUGCAUGGUGGACAUCCUCUGCUACCUUUGCGCCGAGGAGAACAUCUCCUCGCCCGCCGCCACCCUCGGCGCCUCCAUCUCCGCCCUCCUCCCCUCCAAGGACUCCUCCCCCGUUCGCCGUGUCGAGCCGCAUUCCUCCGUAUUGGAAGCCCUGGACGUGAUCCUAGACGGAGCCCAGUGCCUGGUGGUCCCCAUCCGCUCCGGCACCGGACGGAAGAAGCUCCUCGGCGGCGGCGGCGGCAUCGGAGCGGCAGACUUCUGCUGGCUGACGCAGGAGGACUUCGUGCGCUUCUUCCUCAACUCGAUCGCCCUGUUCUCCCCGUCGCCGGCCCUCUCCGUCUCCGACCUCGGCAUCGUCCGCCCUGCCGCCCUCGCCGUCCGCCCCCACGAUCCCGCCCUCGCUGCACUCCCCCUUAUCCGCCGCGCUCUCGCCGACCAGACCUCCGUCGCCGUCGUCACCGACGACGGCAAGCUCAUCGGCGAGAUCUCCCCCUCCACGCUGGCCCACUGCGACGAGGGCGCCGCGGCGGCGCUCGCCGCCCUCUCCGCCGGCGACCUCAUGGCCUGGAUCGACUGCUCCGGCUCCCCGCCGGAGGCCACCGUCCGGGCCGUCGAGUCCCGGCUGAGGGAUAAGGGCAUGGCUGGGAUGAUCGAGCUCCUCGAGGCCGACCUCUCCCCGCCCUUCUCCUCCUCCUCCUCCUCGUCCUCCGACGAGGAGUCCGGCGAGGCGGUGGGUCGGCGGCCGCGGAGGCUUCGGUCGUUGGGGAGCUACUCGGCGAGGAUGGGGCGGCGGUCGGAAGAGGCGAUCGUGUGCCACCCGGGGAGCUCGCUGGUGGCGGUCAUCAUCCAGGCCUUGGCCCACCGUGUCAGCUACGUCUGGGUGGUCGACGACGAGUACGGCCUCGUCGGCAUCGUCGCGUUUCCGGACAUACUCAGCGUCUUUCGAGAACUUUUACAGCAACCUUUUGAGAAAGAGUAGUUGGCAGCAGAAGCAAUGACAAAAAGUGAGAAGCGCGAGUCUCCCUGUACCGAGUUCAUGUGAGCUUCCGAAAUAGCUGAGCGUUAAGACUUAUUUGUCUCUUUAUGCAUGUAGAGGAAACGAAAUGCCCAAAAAAAAAAUGUAGUUCGGGUUUUGUCUGUGUAGGCCUUUGCUGUUACUUCUGAUGGAAGGUUGCUAAAAUUAGAAUUCGAGGCUACGUGUUGUGAUGGGCGCGGGGUUGGUUGUCUGAGAGUGGCUAGGAGUUGGCACUUGGCUAGCAACAGAAAACAGUGUCGGCAUUUUAAGCUCUCACUCAAAGCUCCUUUACGGGUUGUUGGGUCUUCUCUUCCUGGUGCGAGCUGGAAACAUUGGGGCAAGCAGAGAGAGAUGAAAUUAUCAUAACUUUGUGAACUU